AUGGCGCCUCAGCAGCCUCAAGGCCUCUGCCUCGCCUCGGCCAGCCCCGCACAUCUGCUUUUGCUACCUUGUGCCCUUGCAGCUUAUGCUGACCACAAGCAAGUCGCGCUCCGCCGGGUUGCAGCCCGCCUCUCAUGCCAGGGCGCCCAUCGCGUCCCCGUCCCGUGUCCCGUGUCCCGUGUGCGAAAGCAGAGGCCGAGGGGCGAGGGGUGUCGGGGGCUCGGGGUUUGGUUUUUUAUUCAAAAUUGGUUUGGGUUGUCGAACACAGAUGCAUUUGGGGAGCAGGGAAGAGCUGCUAAAAACCAAUUUUCUGCUGUUCCACCAAAUUCUGCAGUCAGUAUGGAUGUGGGAUUAGUUUCAUUAAAGCCAGUAGUUGAUGUUACAGGAGAUUUGAAAAUAUCUGUUAGUAUUAUACUGGCUUAUUUAACUUCCUCCUUUUAUGGUAUUUCACUUGCAGAACAGGAAAAAGAAUCAUGGGAAAUGAGUGCCCAUGAAAAGUUAGAGGCUGCAGAGAAAUCAAAAGUUGCUGGCAACGACUUAUUCAAGAUCGGGAAGUUUCAAAGGGCUGCAAACAAGUAUAACAAGAGAGGUUAUGUUAAUGAGGAUGGACAUUUUGAAGAUGAACCUGAAAAGUUAAUUAAAACUUUGAGAGUAUCCUGCUGGUUAAACCAUGCAGCAUGCUGCCUUAAACUGAAGGAUUUUACCCAAGCAAUUAGCUUGUGUUCAAAGAUUUUAGAAAUUGAGUCUUGCAAUGUGAAGGCUUUGUAUCGGAGAGCACAAGCUUAUGGUGAACUGUAUGACCUGGAAUUAGCCAAGACAGAUGUAUUGAAAGCACUGGAAUUGGAUCCUAACAACAAGGAGGUGAAGUUACUUCAAGCAAAUCUGAAAAAGCUUCAGGUGGAGCGUAACAAGGUGGACGCAAAGAAGCGCAAGGUUGAAAAUUCAAGUCACAAUGAAGAAGCGAAGAACGUUGACGCGGAGAAAGCAGAAGUGGUCAAAGAGUUGUAG